GGUUUUUUCUUGUUUUGCUCAUGACAUAUCAUCGUCUUUUUUACUUUGCUAUGGAUAUUUACAUGGCAGCUUCGAAAAUGCAGGUUUUGUCACGCUUUCGGUAGUAUCUUUUAAAAUUUGUAUGUUGUCGUUCUUCGGACGGUGAAUCAGUGGGUAUAUGAACUACAAAAGCACAACAGACCAUGGGAGGCUCAAGUACGUUAAAAGCUGCUUCUUGUGCUAUAAGGUCACGAAGACUCAUGCUAUUCUUGUUGGCAGCACAUAUGUCAACGAAGGUAUCGGGUAAAAACGUUGCCGGCGCACGGUCUUGUACACAAUGCAGUUAUUGUAUCGGAGAUCGUCGUCGUUGGCGCAGAUCCGACGAGAGCAAAGCGACCAGUCAGUGCAGAAAGCCAGUAAUGCGACGGAGAGUAACAAGCGACAUAGGUGAGGUGAUUCACCAAGAAGUAAGGACGCAAAAAUAGAUGACCGUGCAGUACAAGUGCACCAAAGCAAAGUGUACUAAAAAAACGACAAGGACAAAGUGGUGAAGCUCGGUAACGGUAGGAGAAGGAGGAUCUGGUUUACAGCCCUUCUAAUUGAUGAUAGCCUUUAAGAAACAGACCUGCGUCAGUGUUGGCUGCCUCAUUCUGAAUGUCGACUCCUUUGUUCCCGAAUCACAGCAUUGUUCACGACAAAAUCAAUGUCACUUCGGCAACGAUUUCGAAUGGCAACUAUGUUGCUCAAUGCAAAUGUCUUUAUUGUGCAAUUAGGAACGAGAAUGA